GUGAACCACCAGGGGCCAUCUUUAUCCGGUCAUAAUUCGUCUGGUCCCGGUGCGUCUGGCUCUGGGGUACUGGGAUCGUCAUCUGGUGGUGCUCUUUUAUCGUCGUCGAGAACGGAUCAACCAGGUAAAAAUUUGGUUGACUACACUUCCGCUAGUAGAACAGCAAAUCGUACUACUAAAGUAGAUCUAAUUUCAAAAUCCUCGGGUGCUGCAGGAGUAGAUGCUCUGCGCCAGCCUUUGCUCUUGCCCGGUGAGCCGCGGCUUUACAGGCGGCGCGCAUCGAUAGAAAGAACGCGGAGUUGCAGUUCACAGACCG